AGACCGCAACGAGAAAGAAAGCACCUGGCGGAAUUCGAUGGAGGGUGGUCCACACGAAGAUGCCAGCGGUUGGUCGUUCUGCUGCGAAGCGAGCCCAUCCAGAAAGAGCUGCGGCACGCGGGAAUGGACGACUCCACCGUCCGUCCACGACAAUAGCCAAGACGCUCGAGGAGCUGGAAAUUCGUAUGCUCCCACUUUCAGCACACCAGGGUCUACUUUGUUGAGCAGCUGUCGUGCCACUGCUUGGAUUAGCGGCUCGGCGACUUCUGCGUCAUCAAGUUCAUCCCUGGACGAAAUAAGCUCAUCUAGCAAUUGUUUCACAGGCGACGACUACAGAGGCCGGCGAAGAAUACCAUGCCGUGCUGCUCCGCAGAAGAUGCAGAGGAUGAGGAUUUCCGCCACUACUCUUGCGGCGGUCUCGUUGCAGCUGUACCAGAUGGACAGCGUUGUUGCAGAUUUGCCGGUUCACUGCUUGGCUUCGGACCUGGCAGGGGAGAGCGGCGGGACUGGUAAGAAGUGGGAGUUUACGUUCGGCUCUCCCAAGGACAAGCCGUACGGCAACGCGUUUUCCGAUAUUUGCGGACUAUCCACAAAACAGGACCGAUCCGCGACCCCGCCAUGGGAUUUAUUGUCAUGCAACCUAACAAAACAUGCAUCAGAUGUGAGCAGCCAAGCAGUGUCUGUCAUACAAAAAAUGGAUGAGGAUGGCUCUUUUUUUGUGGAUACGGACAUCAGCGACCGGAUAAGCCGCAUUCGCAGCCAGAGCGAAAACUCCCCGGAGAAAAAGCUCUCGCUAUUCAAGUAAAUUGGAAGUACUCUCUAACUGAGCCGGGAAUCAAUUACUUUAGCACGUUUGUUCUUUUAGAAAACAGUUUCUCUAUCACUUCCUUAUCUCUUCUAUUCCUUUUUCCGCCCCUCAACUUUUCGGUCCCUACCAGUGUGAAGAUCUUUGUCGCGAACAUGAUUACCCCCUGUGUCGCGCAAUGAGGGCCUCCUCUCUAAUAAAAAUCUUCCGUUUGAAGGUCACACUGCAGCCGAGCUUCAAGAUUGGAAUAGAUAAAGUGCUGUUCGAAAGUUCGACUGUCGAGACGCCAGAAGCGCACUUGAAAGCUUCAAGUUUCGCUGAGAGUACCCCGAGCAGCAGCCUGAAUUUGCUGUCGUUGCUACGCGCUAACGGUGCGAAGGAACAGGUCCACCAGGAGGGCGAGGACAAUGUGCUGGAUGAUGCGACAAGACACAAGCAAAAUCUGCACUCCAUCGCGACCAAGGGCCCCAGCCUGUUGCAACAAGAAAUGCAGGCUGGCAAAAACGCCGCAGCGACGCACACGCAGCAUCACUUCAUGGGCCCGUCAGAUUGGUCGAUGGUGUACGACGAAGGACUGGAAAUCGAGCUUGGAAAGCUGCGUCUGUUCGCUUUCUCCGCGUUUGAUUUCGACGGUAGCGGCAAAAACGUGUCCCGGUGUGGGCUCACCGAAGUUGGCUAUGCUACGUGAAGAUGAAAGUGUGCUUGGCACUAGCAAAUUUAAGACCACUUAGAUAUAGAAGCAAAAGCACCAUGAAAGAAAGCAAAAUUGUACCAUCCGCAGAAGAAACGAAUCAGGUUCAGGCUGAUGGUGCUAGUACAUGCAUAUAUCUUCGCAUACCCGUAACCAUGGCAGGUCCAAUAGAAGAGAGUCAGAAAGAAACUACUUGCAUACAUACUUUUACUAUAAAUUUUCAUCCUUCCAUUGACAUAGUCAGAAAAUGAUAAAGCGACUGCACUUUCUCUUUUUUUUUGGUUUGACGUCGGUUGGUACCGCACCAUUACGGACAACCCCGGGGAUCAGUAUCAUACCGGGUGUUGGAUUGGGCGGCAAAUCGACGGCAGCGGCGGCAACUCCACCACGACGACGUCCUCUGACGAGGAGCAAGCUACUGUCAUGAUGGACAAGAAGAGCAAGAGGCACGAGGCGCCCACGGUGAAGAAGAUCCCGGGACUUAUAUCCUGUGCAAAAGUAUCGCACUCGUACUAAUUGCAAAUGCACAUGACAAAUGUUUUUCCUAAGGGAAAACAGCAUUACAAAUUCCACUUUCAUCCCUCUUGCCAAAAUUUGUGAUGCAAUUUAUACUAGUGCGAUGCUUUUGCAAUGCAUAGCUUAAUGUCGCCCCCAACGUUGUACACGACGCCGAAGGAAAGCUGCACGCUAUUGCAGUGAAAAAUACCCCCACCCCCAAAGGUGCAAAAAUUUAAGUUUGUGAUGCGACGUUUCCAAAUGAAAACUUUUUGCCAUGCAUGAAAGGAGUAUGAAUCUUUCUGAUGCAGAGUCUAGCUCUAGGCGUGUAUCGCAUCGCUUGCAUGACAAGCGCCACUCUUGCUGCGGUCUUUUGCAAUGCAAAUUUUUGCUACCCACGAUUGGAAACCUGUGAUGCUGAUAGAUGCAAGAGGGCAAGUGUUUCAUUUGGAAAGGUUUGCAAUACAAAUGCUCCCAAGGUCGGGGGUGAGGGCAUUUUUCAUUGUAAUACACGCGAUCAACACUCCGGGUGCGGCCUCCAAUCUGGAAUCGCACCUGCUGCGGAAAAAAACCGAUGCAGUAGACGCCCCCUCCUCAACAUCAUCUUCGUCGUUGAUGCAAACUGAAACCUUUGCGUCGUCCCCGACCCCGAGCAAUGUCAUCAAUAGCAAGGGAUUGUUGCGACGUGGGACGACUGGAAGUACAACUACGCAGAUCGUCGCACCAAGUCGAAGGAGCCCUGGCACAUCCACUCCAUUCGAGGACAAGUCCUUGGAUAGUUUGAUGCAGAAAGCUAUGGAUUGCAAAAAUAACUGGGUCUGGAAAGUUGGAACUUGUAAUGCUGGUCUUGCAUUCAUAUCAAAUCUGUAUUGCAUGACCAACAAAGGUGGUAGCCUCUCAUGUCAAACAAAAACGCAGUUUCUCAUCCAGAGUUCGUAUGAGAAAGCGUGCUGCAACCUUGUCAUGCUUUCCUGCAUAAGGAAGUGACUCCUUCUUGCACAUUUUAGCAUCACAAAGUUCCAGACCCAGACAUAUUUGCAAUGCAUAAAAGCUUCGUUUCUGCAAGACGAAGACGCGGAGGCGGACGACCGCAGCCGCAUUGUGCGCACGCGUCUCGAACACCAAAAAAUCGCCGACGAG